UUCCCCAAUUUCCCACAACAACAACGUCACUCCGUCUCUCUUAGAGUGAGAAAACCUCAGCACUCCCAUGGGUGUGUCUCUUAUUUUGAAAAGCCAGAGAUUCACAGGUGUCACUGCGGCUAUCUGACCGGACUGAGGAGGAGCGGGACCACGCGCUGAGACCUGCCGGCACAGGACCCGCCGCCAGACACACCGCGUGGUGACCUAACAGAGAUGGGCUUUGCAGGCACGUGUUGCGACAACCUGGAGGAGCCGCUGGCCCUGAUGAAGAUGGGUCUGAACGUCAUCCUCGUCGGUCACGUCAACUUCCUGCUGGGGGCGCUGGUGCACGGCAUCGUGCUCCGGCAAAUCAACCUGCACGAGAAGGCGCGAGGCAUGGGCUACGCCAUCUCCAACGUGGUCGCGCUCCUCUCCGGUGUGUUGGGUGUCAUCGUUGGGAUUCUAGCUAUUAUCCUGUCGAAAAACAAGAAGAGCAAACGCCUGACGUGGUCCUUAUUCUCCAUCAGUCUGGUUUCGUCGCUCAUGGCAGGAGGUUCCACCAUUGGGCUCUUCGUGUCUCUAGUGAAGACCAUCGUCAACGGCGGGCGGGUACUCCUGACUCACUGCCGCUUACCCGAUGCCAUCGGCUUCUCCAGCGUUACCAACGAGUGUCCUUUUGACCCCACCCGUGUCUAUAGUACCACUAUUUUCCUCUGGGCUGGUCUGAUUGUAUCGUGUAGCAUUCAGAUGGUGUUUUCUGCUCGUUGCCUUGCUGCCUGUGUUUCCUUCUUGGGGCUGUCUGGUUGCCGGAAAAGCAUGAGACAUAAAAAAACCUAUACCCGACCCAUCAAUGUGGCAAAGGAAACUUCUCAACCUUACUACACCGAGCCCCCAAGAAGGCAACACAACACUUCACAAGUCUACACCGAACCUCCUAGAGUCCAUAAUGUAUCACCUAGACGUCACACAGAAAAACCAAGAUACCACAAGGAACGUUCACAACUCCACACCAACCCUCCUGGAGACCACAGUAAACCAACUAGGCAUCAUAAAGACCCCCCAAGAAGCAACAACAAACCAUCAAGGCAUCCCACUGCGCCUCCAAGACUGGAGCGCCACACUCCUCAAAGGCCCCUUCCUUCCCACAAUCAAAGUCUUCCCACCUCAGAGAGGCAGCCUCUUCGGCAAUCUCACCGAGACCGGUCGGACGUAGAACGCCAAGAAAUGAGGAGCUGCAGUCAACAAAGAGGGCAGGGGGAACACCACAACCUGAGGAGGGGUACGUCCGACAGGUCCAGCAUUUGGAUAUAGUUGUGUUUCUGAAGCCAAAUUGUCUUUAAAUACACUUUACUUGUUGCUGCAGUAGUAUUCAAGUGUCCAGCAUCACACAGACAGAACUCCCUUUGUGUGUCUGGGAUAAAUCGGCUUACAAAAGCCGUAUCCUUAUUGAAAGGUGACAUUUUUUUAUUUUCAUAGGGCAUUUUCAGGAAGUUUGGGAAGGACAGGAAGUUUGUACAAGAUGCAGCAUACAAGAUGUGUUAUUGCUCAUCUUUCUAUUUAUAAUGGUUGUAUAGAGAAAAUGGUUGUAUAGAGAAAACUGCACUUAAUACUUUAAACUGAGAACAUGCCAACAUCCAUGGAAGGGCUUGACGACAUGAAGAACUGUUUUACUUUCAGCUGUGAACUGAAAGAUUAAAUGCUUUGCUGAAAAAUAAGGUUAACCAAAUUUGUCAGAGAGUCCGAUCAGAGAUAGCAUAGCCUCUACGCUAACUUUAGCUGCUAGCAAGCUGGUUCUUUCACAAAAGAAGACCAGGACCAGCAAUAUAUUUGUUUUUCAUCAUGGAAAUAUUUUUAGUUUUUUUAUGCUUUCUUUGUUUGUUUUAUUUUCUUCUUAAGUUGCUUAAGUUGUACCAAAUGCUGCUAAGAAAUGAUGGCUGAGCUGGACUCAAUUAUGCUUAGCUAGACUUGAUGCACCAAAAGCUAGUCAGGGUAAGGCCUGUACAUAUGCCACAAAAACAGAGUAUAUGGUUGUUUUCCUUAAGGUGGUUCUGUCUGAUGAGGACAUUGAAUACUUCAUAAGAACUCAAGUGGAAAACUCUUGGGGAAUUUUCCAAAGGUCCCUCCCAUUGCCACAUGUGGCGUCGGUGUUGUGUCUUAACCCACUUCAGAUUUCUAAGCAAUCCUACGACACAAAAAUCAAGUUUAGAUCACGUUGUAUGUCAAGGACAAAUUGCAAGAACUCCCAAACCGUGUCUACAAGAACAGAAUGUCAAUUUAUUAUGGUAGCUGGGGAGGUGAAAGACAUUUUCUGUCCAGGCAGAACAUGUAUAGGCCAAAACAUGAAAUGUCCCAGCAAGUCAUUAAAGCACACUUAUUGAUAACCCAAAGCCAAAAUGGCCAACUUGCUAAGUCUUCACAGACUAGACUUCUAAUAAAAAGAGCUACAUAUUAUUACAAAUAUCAAUCUUAACACAAAUUAAAAGGGAAAAAGUCUUGCUACGUGUCCACGGUAAACAAAUUAAGCAAAUCUUUUGCUGCAGAUAAGUGAAAGGAGGCUUUAUGAGAUAAUAAACACUCUGUGCUAGGUUUAGUUGUUAGCAUGGUUAGCAAGAAAAGUCGUUACAAUGCUCCACAAAAACACAAACUUGUUUGUUCACCCAGAGCUUCAGGAACUGUCCAUCAAUAUUAUUGUGUGGUGAUGUGAGGAGUGGGAGUUGACAAAUCGUAUUGUGGGAGGGACAUAAGAGGAAUUACCAAGAGUUACGUUCUUGAAUUCUUGUCAAUGUCUUUACCAGAAAGAACUUUGUCUUUGUUCUUGUCACCUUGAGUAAAAUAACUUUGUUUUAACUUGUGGAGUGUGUACAUGUUUGUCAACCAGCAAAGUUAUAAGUUUCUUUUUGUUUUUUUGUGUGUGUCGCCACAGAAGCAUUAUCUAGUGACAUAUUGUGUUUAUUAUUUUUGAUACCUGACAUAUGAUAGCUGAGCUGGACUCAUCUUGGUUUAGCUUGACUGGAUACUUUUGAACAUUUGAGUGCUUUCUAGAAUUUUACUACUGCUGUCACAAUGUUUAAAUUAGUGCUGUUCUCCCGUUUGGCUAACUCACCUGUCGUUCGACUGCCUUGUUGAGUGUAACGUGAACAGUUUUGAUUUUCUCACCAACGUUCUCAUCCCCAAAAUGAUGAAUUAUAUCCUCCCACUCUCCCAACACCUGAGUUUGCAAACAAGUACUGAAGCGCUACAUUCCUAAUCUGUGAGUUCAUUCAACCUUUAAACCCGAGGAUUGUUUGUUUUUCACCGACUGUGAAACUUAAGUUACUGAAUAUUUUUACAUUGAAAAUGUAAUUCUGUUACAGGCAAUACGGAAAGUGUUUGAUGUGUAUUUCUUAUUUAAUUAAAUCUUUUUGUAUUCAGA